AGCCUAUUGAUUAGAUCAAAUCAUACAAAAACCCAAAUAUAUUAACCAAACAAUAUUCCAUUCGACAUCAUUCAGUCAAAUCCAUCUCAUUGAUAUAGAGGAACAAGAAGAACGUCAUCACCAUGAGUCGAAAAGCCGGAGGAGUUUUGGAAGGACUAUAUAAAGUCUUUUUUUGCAGUACCCCCGUCUAUGUCACCUUCGUCAUCGUGGGCGCUCUCGUUGGUGAACGGGCAGUUGAUUAUGGAGUUCAUAAACUUUGGGAGAAAAACAAUGUUGGGAAACGAUUUGAAGACAUUUCUGUUUUGGGACAGAGGCCAGAUGAGUGAAGUUUGGCUUGAUGGCCUCCUUGAUUUCAGUAUUCGAUCUUGUCUGUUCAAGAGAGGAAAAAUUAUGUAAUUCUAGGUAAUAAUAAUAAGUGUUGUUAUGGAACAAACUUGUUAUGCAUUCUCAAACCCUUACUGUGCAUGAUGAUGUAACUAUUUUCAUGUUUUGAUAACCAUGUUCCUAUGGUUGGUGGUAGAUUGGACUUGCAUAGUAUUA